AGCAGCAAGCAGCAGAAGAAGCUCAAGUUCAGAGCAAUUUUAUCUUGCUGAGAGACACCAAAGCAAAGGAGCUGCCAAAAUGUGCAAAGGAUUGGCUGCAUUACCAGCAACAUGCCUCGAAAGGGCCAAAGAAAUAAAAUCAAAGUUAGGCAUAUUGCUGCAGAAGCCGGAGAUGAUCUCUGAGUACAUCAUCCCGUACUCAGAUAAAGCUGAGAAAUCAGCCAAGCCCCACAGGCCUUCCCCACUAGAGGCACUGAAGUGGCGUGAAUCUCUGGAGAAGCUUCUGAUGAACAACUAUGGGCAGGCUGCCUUCAAAUCUUUCCUCCAGUCAGAACAUAGCGAGGAGAACAUUGAGUUCUGGAUGGCCUGUGAGGACUACAAAGCAACCAAAUCACCCAUUAAGCUGGCUUCCAAGGCAAAGAAGAUCUAUGAGGAUUUCAUUGAAAAAGAGGCUCCAAAAGAGAUCAAUGUUGAUCACUACACCAAGGAGAUGACCGUGAAGAGCCUUGUUGAUCCUUCACCUUCAACCUUUGAACUGGCUCAGAAGAGAGUGCUGAAUUUGAUGGAGAAGGAUUCAUUCAGCAGGUUUCUGAAAUCUGAACUGUAUCUGGAGCUGAUAAAGUAACAAUGUAGCUGGGCUGUGCAAAGGGAGGGUGGAAUAAAAUCAUUGAUAUCUCUACAUAGUCGCUAACCGAAUAUUCUCUCACUGCUGUUAGCUAAAACAAAAUAUUCCAAGUGUUAUUUCUUUAAAGCUUUGGGCACCAUGCUGACAUCAAUUAAAUCUAACACUUGUCUUUGCAUAGCCCUGAAAUAAACAGGUACCAUCUAUGGGAAAGUGUACCUUUUAAUGUUGUGCUUGUCUUUCAUGUGUGCUUUUUUUUUCUUUAUUUUUCCAAAGAUUAUAUCCAAUGAUAAAUGACCAUGUGGCUUCAAAUAAAUUUUUGGGCAAUUCAAAUCAUUCCUUUAGUAUUGCUGUCACCAUCAGGACAAGAAUUGGGAAAAAAAACACCUGUAGAUAAAAGACAGAAAGUAAAGAGAUCCUAGACCUUCCUCUAAGCAAGCACCUUUCAUCAUUCCUAUAUUGAGAAAACAGAAUCUCUGUAACAGUUUAGAGAACAAAUGUUAAGGAAGGUUUUUAAUUGGGGUUAUCAAAGUUUGUAUACUUACUAUUGAAGCCCACUACGAAUAUAUCACACUUCACUAAGGGUACGCUUUUAAUCUACAGUAAAUAUUUUGAGAGUUUACUUUAACCUACAGAAGCAUGCCAAUGGGCAGAGUAUGCAAUGCAUAAAUCAGCAGAUGCAGCCCAUACAUUUUCAUAGCUUUACGUAGAUACGGGUCUUUAUAAACCAUUCAUUCAGGCAGUUUAUGUUGCUCAUACAGAUCAUCAACUUUAUUGUGGUGAGGUGUGGUUAUUCCAACUAAAUUGUAGACUGCACUGUACACUCGGAUGAAGACUGGCACAAGUUCAUACCAUCAUUCAUCUAAUCGCACUAAAGCAUUUAGGUAUAAAAAACAAAUCUCCCUUUUUCACCUGAAAAGUAACUUCCAAUGACUAGCACAUUGUUCAGUGAGAGUGUGCAAAUUAAUUCCUCAAUAAUUAAUGAUAUUUCAGUGGCAACACAGCAUUGUAUCACAAAUAUUUCACUGACAGAAGCAGGCUGAGCAUAGGCACUUUACUGUCGUGGAUUUUUAACCAUAUCAUGUCAGGUAGAUUUAGUUCAAACAUACGUGAAAGCAAGGAAGAUGAACCUUGAGACACAUUUUGGACAAUAUGUCUAAAUGAUAACUAUUAUAAUCAGUUAACUCAACAUAAAUACAAGGCCUUUUUAACACUUUACACUCAAAUUAAGUAACUUAGUAAACCAGAAAGUGCCUGAAUUCAUGAUUUUUCCACUGCUGUAAAAGAUCCAAACAGUUCAUGCUGAGAUAUAUCCAAUUAUAAUCUUGACUAACAAAUCCAGGUUAGACAUAAUGCAAUAGAUCCACACGGUUUUGUGCCAAAGUUUCCAAAUAUCAUUUAAAGUUAUACAAGAGUGUUGUUUUUGUCAUUUACUGGUGUCAGCAGACAAUAAACAUGAAACAGGAUAGCCUCAACAUCAUCUCAGAGACUUGUGACACUUAUUCUUCUCUUUUCUACCUGGAAAUAUUGGUAUUUCUCCAUCAGAUGAUGGGCAUCUGCUAGCGAUGCCAAGAUUAAACCAACUCUGUCACAGAAUGGCUGGAAUGUGUUGGAUGACUUGAAGGAAAACAAAAGAGGAUGGAGGUGAAACAGCCAUAGAGAGUAGCACUUACCAACUUGAUACGUAUUGUAUUUUGCUGGAAUAAGUGAAGCGUUUUAAGAAAGGAAAUGUCUGAAGGAAGUCAAACAAUCUGAUAGAAAUGCUGCUUAGCCCACAUAGCAGCACUUAUCAAGAACUGUCUGAUUGAACGAUUUCAAUUUGUGCAUCAAUCAUUUGUCUAAGUCGAUUGAACUUAAGAGGGACUGUACUGUCAUGAUAAGGAGUAUUAUGCUUAGAUGAGCUUCAAUAUAGAACUAUGAAUUUCUUAACAAUGACUUAAAUUUCCUUUGUUGCAAGUUAAUAUAGGCUUAUACACUGUACUAAUGAGGUUCUAUACUGUCCUCGUGUAAUCCUGAUAAUAAAAACAUAUGAUAUAGUGUCACAGAAAAGAUAAACCAUAAACACAUACUUAAAACAUAAACGAAAUACUAGAAAAAUUGUUUGCUCAAACAAUUGAAAUGGAAUGAUUUGUCUGAAUUGUCUACCUUGCCCAUCUCAUAAACUAUGUCUCUAAUAUUAGUCAAAACAUUUAAAGUAAAUGCUUAAGAAUUGUUCCUGUACUGCCAAUUGUAUAACCAGUGCAUGCACAUUAUUAAAUAUAUUCCAUGUAAUGCAUGAGUGUUAAUAGUCUUAGUUGAGCGUGCAUAGUCUUAUCUUGAAAGACAAUUUCAUACCAAGAGUCUCAGUAAAUGCUUCAUGACUUCUAUUGUUAUCAUAAGAAAUCAGUGAGAAGCCUAGGUGAGGGCUAAAGCCCACAGUGCAGGACACUACCAAGGUUAAACAGAGAGGAUCCAAUGGAGAAACAGUGACUAAGUAAUGCCAAGUUAAAGGUUUGCCAUUAAUACAAAAUACUGUCAUUCCUGCCUGAGGAAAACAAUUCCAUUUCUGAUUAAACUGUAUUAAUAACUCCCUUUCUUGGUCAAAAGAUCGUGCCAAGCUCUAUCUAAUGCAACUGUAAGACAGCUUUAUUCCCUCCAUUUGUCUUGCCAUGGCGAAAUAAGAAUAAGUUGACUCAAUAUGGAUGCCACCUUGUCACAAAUAACUUUAACUGAUAAUUAUACAGAUGGAUUAUUUAGCUUGACACUUAAAGGUGAGGAUCCAUUUGUUCUGGGCUGGAUCAGUAAAACCAGAAAGUUAUGCCUUUCAAAAUUAGUGCAUUCACUUUUAACGUUUUAACUAACAGAAUUUUUUUCUGAAGGCAAAAUCAUAAAAUAAUCAUAUUUGGAGGUUGUAGUACCAAAUGGAAAAAGUCAAGUUGUUACCAAAGUGCUAUUUCAAUUCAACACCUAAAUGAAGCAGAUACUGAAAUUCAAAGUGUUGUUCAUUAUUGAAAGUGAACAUUUUCAUUAUUAUUCUGCUUUGUGCAUAACAAAUAUUCUUUCCAAUGGUUUGAACUCUUCAUGAUCUGACAGCUGCUAUCGAUGAUAUAAUGCCAUGACUGGCUUGCUCAAGGGGAAGAGGUUGGAGCUUGUCCAAAUGUGAUUAAGACCAAACUGAUACUAUCAUUGCCGCUUUUCCUCCUUAUAAUGCUUUUCUUCCCUAAAAAUGGAGGAAUCGUUGAUCUGAGUAACCAACUGAACAAAAAUAGCAUCAACAUCUUCAUUUAUAGAGAGCCAAAAUUUUAUUCAUAACAUGAUGAGAAAUGCAGCCCUCUACUGCAUACAUGUUACUCAGGGCAUUAUAUCAUCUUAGCAAUGAUUUUAAAUGGUGAUUUUAAACCCAGCAACUGCAAUAAUGCAAACAAUGCUUUAUUUCAAUCUUAAUCCAACUCAGAAGCAAGCAUUUAACCAUUAACUAUCAAAACCAUCGUGUUGAUUUUAUAAAGUGUGCCAUUGGGAGUGAAACAUCUGAAGUAAUAUGGGUGUUGCGUUUUUUCCCUCUUUUGUUAUCAGAACAUUAAUGUACUGGUAAAGCUAAAAAAAAAUGACUGCAGUGGCCUUUUCGUGCAUACUGUCUUAUCCUGGAAGAGUUAGGAACCGAAUGAAGUAAACAUGUAUCACUCUA